UCUUUGUCAAAGUCAAUACAAAGAGUACCCUGAAACAGAUCGUACCGUAAUCACUUCAGUGACUGAGAUAUCAAAGACGAUGAGCCUUGCAUCCGCCAUGAAAGCUGCCGGAGUUUUGGUUCUGUUUGCAAUUCUAACACUAGCUUAUGCGAAGAAGGUAGCUGAUGUGACAGAGUUACAGAUUGGUGUGAAGUACAAGCCUCAGAAAUGCGAUCUUCAGGCUCACAAAGGAGACAAGAUCAAGGUCCAUUAUCGGGGAAAGUUAACAGAUGGAACUGUCUUUGAUUCAAGUUUUGAGAGGGGUGACCCUAUUGAGUUUGAGCUUGGAACUGGUCAAGUCAUUCCAGGAUGGGACCAGGGUCUACUCGGAGCUUGUGUAGGUGAGAAGAGAAAGCUGAAAAUCCCAUCUAAACUUGGUUAUGGUGAUAACGGCUCACCACCAAAGAUCCCUGGUGGGGCAACACUGAUAUUCGACACCGAGCUUGUUGCUGUGAAUGGGGAAACAGCAAGCGAAGGAAAAACGAAGAACGAGCUUUGAUUAUACCAUCUUCGUCUUCUUAUUUUCCUUUUGAAAAUUAAACCGUUAAACUUGUGGUCGUCAGUAUUUUAAUCUCGAAACAUUCCUAGAAUCGCUUACGUUUUGCUAGUUGAAGACAAUAAUUGUGUUUUGGUCAUAACAUUAGUUAUCUAGCAGUUGGAAAAUUACAACUUGGCUCGAUGUAUAAGCCAACUUAA